GCCGCCGCUGUCGCCGCCGUCGCUUCGGCAGCCGCUGCGGUAGUCGCCUCGGACAGCGCCGCUUGCUCUUGGGGUCGUCGCCUGCUAUCCCGAUAUCCCGCCGGAGGAGGCUGAGUCUGCAGCGCGGCGGGCGGCGCAGGGACGGUCCGGCUUUGCAGCGGCGCCGGCGGUCGCAGUGACAGCCCGGUCCCAGCCCGCCGCCUGCCCUCGGUACUGCAGCCACGAUGAACCGGGGCGGCAGCAGCCCGUCGGCCGCCACCAACUACCUGCUCUGUACCAACUGCCGGAAAGUGCUGCGGAAGGAUAAAAGAAUUAGAGUAUCUCAACCCUUGACAAGAGGACCAAGUGCCUUUAUUCCAGAGAAGGAAGUUGCCCAAGCAAACACAGUGGAUGAACGUACUAACUUUCUUGUGGAAGAAUACUCUACAUCCGGUCGUCUAGACAACAUCACCCAGGUCAUGAGUCUGCACACUCAGUACCUGGAGUCUUUCCUGCGAAGCCAGUUCUACAUGCUGCGCAUGGACGGCCCCCUUCCUCUACCACACAGGCACUACAUCGCAAUAAUGGCUGCAGCUAGACAUCAGUGUUCCUACUUAAUAAACAUGCAUGUGGAUGAAUUUCUAAAGACAGGAGGUAUCGCUGAGUGGUUGAAUGGUUUGGAAUAUGUACCACAAAGACUGAAAAAUCUUAAUGAAAUAAAUAAGCUGCUAGCACACCGACCCUGGCUGAUCACGAAAGAGCACAUUCAGAAACUUGUCAAAACUGGAGAAAAUAAUUGGUCUCUGCCCGAACUGGUACAUGCUGUGGUCCUACUGACACAUUAUCAUGCUUUGGCAAGCUUUGUUUUUGGUAGUGGCAUCAAUCCAGAGAGAGAUCCAGAAAUCUCCAAUGGAUUCAGGCUAAUAUCAGUCAACAAUUUCUGCGUUUGUGACCUCGCUAAUGACAACAACAUAGAGAAUGCAUCCCUUACAGGCAGCAACUUUGGGAUUGUAGGUUCUCUAAGUGAACUGGAGGCCUUGAUGGAAAGAAUGAAAAGGCUUCAAGAAGAUAGGGAAGAUGAAGACGCAUCUCAGGAAGAAAUGACCACUCGUUUUGAGAAGGAGAAGAAAGAAAGUCUUUUUGUUGUCUCUGGAGAUACUUUUCAUUCAUUUCCUCAUUCAGAUUUUGAGGAUGACAUGAUCAUAACAUCUGAUGUCUCCCGAUAUAUUGAAGACCCAGGUUUUGGAUAUGAAGACUUUGCCAGACGAGGAGAAGAGCAUUUGCCAACAUUUCGAGCUCAGGACUAUACCUGGGAAAAUCAUGGGUUCUCCCUGGUGAACAGACUUUAUUCUGACAUUGGACAUCUUCUUGAUGAAAAGUUUCGCAUGGUCUACAGUCUCACCUACAACACUAUGGCCACCCACGAGGAUGUUGACACAGCCAUGCUGCGCAGAGCUUUAUUUAACUAUGUCCACUGUAUGUUUGGAAUCAGGUAUGAUGACUAUGAUUACGGAGAAGUUAAUCAAUUACUUGAACGAAGCCUGAAGGUUUACAUUAAGACAGUGACCUGCUAUCCUGAGAGAACUACCAAGCGCAUGUAUGAUAGUUACUGGCGUCAGUUCAAACACUCAGAAAAGGUUCACGUCAAUUUACUUUUAAUGGAAGCACGGAUGCAAGCUGAACUUCUAUAUGCUCUUCGUGCCAUAACUCGGCAUUUGACCUGAAACAUCACCCAGGGAAAAUGCCAUAGAUGUGUAAAGACCUUUUCACAUAUGAUAUACAUCAGAAGCUGUUUGUGAUGUAGCAUCAAAAAUUAUUCAAUUCUCUGUGUCAAAGUUUAGCCGUUUUUUGGGGGCGGCUGUAAUGUGCAAUGAUGUGUUUUCUUUUUCUUGAUGCUUAACAUUACUAACAAUUGCAAAAAUAAUACUGCGGAGCACUACUUUGCAUUGUUUAUAGUUGGAUUUUUGGAAACUGAUCAUAAAUCAUGAACCUGGUUUUCUUGAUGCUUAACUUCAGCGCUUUGGGGUUUGUGUGUAUGUGUAUUUCUCUCCCCAACUUUUUUUUUGUUAAAUAAGGAAAAGCGCUUACAAUCUGCUCAAGCAAUUGUUUAUUCAGAUAUUGGAAUUCAGCAAAGAAUAACCUCCUCUGGCCACUCUCAACUUCUCCUGUUGUGUCCUAAAUCUGGUAGAGGAAAAGCAUGCGCUGUUGAACUAAGCUGCUCACAGGACACGUCCCUGUGUCCCCAGGAGAUUAUUUGUCAGGCACUGUUCAGUUUUUUUUUGUUUGUUUGUUUUUGUUUUUUUUUUACUGCUAUUGGCGAUAACGUGAAAUGUGAUACAGCCAUUGUCCAUAAUUUAAUGUGAAAUUAAUCAUGAUGAAUUCUAUAGCAUGCUACUGAAAUGCCAAAUUCAGCUAUUUUCUUUCUCUUCUGAAACAUAAGUUUCAGUUUUCCAUAUCAGAUGUAUAUAUUAAAAGUGGAAUUAUGCACAAUCCUUUCUAUCACUGACAGUAAUCCUCAGUCAUCUUGAAUAACCAGUGCUCACAGUGCUGCUUACAGUUCAUUUAGUUGGCACAUACAAACUUGUACCCACACAAGGCUGACCAAAAAUUUUCUUUGCACAUUUUUCUUUUCUCAUAGUGUUUUCUAUAUUGCAGUAAGCAGAAGAUUAAUAUACCUAUAUUUUUUCCUGUUAGGCUUCUAGAACUUACUUUCCAUGAUUUUUCUUAUAAUAGGUUAAACAGUGUAUUAUUCAAAGGUAAAAAUUAUGUUUCUAUGCAUUAAUGUGAAUGAACAACAACAACAAAAAGAGUGCAAUAUGUUAAAAAAAUACUGAACUAAACUUUCCCCCUAUUAUGUCACUGCAGAAGUGUCCUUUAAAACAGAGCCAUAAAGAAAUUUGGUUCAAAUUUCAGAUUUCUUUAUUGCACAAGGCUUUUGCCUUACUGGGGUUGAACAACGUUCCUUUCAUGAUGCCAAAGCGUCCCCUUCCCCAGAAAAAUCUCUCUGGACAACUGGUGAAAAGGAAAGAUGAUCAAGUCUUAAGGGAGGAAUAUAAGCAUCCAAAAAGUCACAUUUUUGCAUUGGUUUAUGUUGCUUGACUAGACUAUCUUCAUAGAGCACAACAUUAUGUGUUUAUAGCUUUAAUUUGUGUUAUGCUGAUGAACCAGUGAAGUGCCUAAAGAGAUGCUUGCACCUACCCAGUAGGACACGACUGCACGGCUCAAACACCCUUUGGUUAAUUAAUGGUGACUUGAAUUGUGCACCGACAUGCUAAUUGUUUUAAAACAGAUCCAUUUUUUUCCCUAGUAAAUAAUAGAGUUAAAAUUUUGUGUUAGAGUUCCCACAGAGAUUUCAUUUUAGAUUUACUUGUUGUGUAGGACUUACUUUUUUUCUCUCUUUCUCUCAUGAAAGCAUAGUGGACUAGUGUUUUGUUAAAUCAUUUCCUCCUUUUUAUCAUCCUUUUCUGGGACAAUAUAGUAGGUUGCUUUUUUUUUAAAGAUUUUGUUCCAGAUAAGAAAAUAGAAAGAUGACUGUAAGCCUGUUAACAUAAGGUAGUUCUGCAUUUUUGGAUUCCAGGAUCUUCUCUGAAAACUUCCAUGUAAGGAAAAAAUUACUAAUUUUUUAAAGACCCGGGUGGUUUAUUUAUAGAGAUUAUUCACAGAACUCGUGCCAGGUUUCUUCUGUUUUGUUUAUUGAUAUACCAUAUGUUGGUUUUCUUCAAUAUCACAUUAUAUAGAUAUGUAUUACAAAGAAAGUAUAUAGGAGAAUGGCAAAACCCAGACGACAACAUAAAUGUCCAUUUAACUUCUUGAACUUGAGAACUUUCAAGUUGAGGAUAUCUUUUAUUCUUGAUAUUUAUUUUUUUUAAAUAGAAUUCUUUCAGUUAAUAGCCCUACAUUUUUGUGCAGGUGACCUCUAUUACAGGAUAAAAAUGACUUUUAUAUAUUGAAAAGGAGGAGAAAUUCUCACAGAACACCCUAUGAGCUUUAGACCAAAAGGGGAAACAAGGUUUAAGUAACGAAAAUGGCCACUUCGUUUUUGUUUUUUUCUUUGUCCCCCCAGAACUGUAAGUAGUUGGAGUUUGGGUUACGGAAAUAUUAGUGCCUUUACUAGAUCUCUUUCCUAGCAGAGUUUCCUUUCAGCUCAGCAUUGAUCUAUCUCAUCAGUAAUCAGGAAAAUAAGUUGGCUUGGAACUAGAAACAAAAACAAAACAAUCUAUUUAUGAACCUCAGUGAACCAGCCUAGAGAAGUUGACCUCUGAAGGUGCCUCAGCACCUGCUCAGACGCAAUGCACACAGCAUUCCAGGUUGCGAUACCAUUGUGCAACGAGUUUGCUGUGGGCUUUAUCUAAUGCAGACUUGAAAUUCUGAUGCGGUUUUCCAGGGUGGUAUUUUUUCAGAGUAUUGAAUUUACUAUGUAGUAAUUUAUAGUAUAGCUUUUUAUAUUAAAGUGUGAUAUUUUUAAAAGAACUAUCUGGUUCCAUUGGUGAAAUGAUGUGGUUAUACAAGACGCUAACCUACACCGUGGGCUCACAUCGUGCCAAACUUAAAUGUGCAAGUGUACGUGAAAAAAGCACAUGUGAAUGUGAAUUCUCUACCUUCGUUGCUAUUGCGUUAAAAUCAGUCUAGUCAUCCACUGACGUAUAUGCUUGAUCGAUGUCUAUUUACUUGUGAAUUUCAAGUUUUCCACCUUCUGUUAUAAUUCUUCAUUUCUCAGAUCACCUUAAGAAAUAUCUAACUACUCUCCCAUCUGAAAAAAAAUCUGUUCUUUAACCUGAUCCCUUGACUGUGGGAGUGGCCGGGCGGCUGCCUCAUUGGAUCCUUCUGAUUAGGCCUCCUAAGGUGGACUCAUGAUAUUUAGAAGAAAAGAGGCUUUUGAGACAGGACUACUCAUUACCUUCCUCACCUUUUUAAACUAAGUAUAUUGUCUUGGUCUCGGGAAGAAUCUUUGUCCCAUUUGGGAUACUUUGUAAAUAAAAGAUGGCUAAUGCGGGAUCUAGGGCAUGGCCUUGGCCUUGAAUUAUGGCUUCAAACCCAAAUAAUGACCAAGCUCCACAGGGGUGUUUUAGAACAGAACUCAAUGUAAGCUUUAUAUCAAAUCCUGUUGGAACCAGAACCCCAGUUUAAUUGUUACAGUCUCCUAGAACUUUUCAGUGCUUGAAAAAGCUAAUUAACAUGAUUCCAGAGAAACUUUUUCCUUUUCCACCUUACAGAAUGUUUUUUUUUUUAAAUCCAAAAUCUUAGAAUUUUAUGCCGCAGCAAAAUAAGAUUAUCAGCAAACAAAGAUCUGUACUUAAAAAUAGUUCACCACUUUAGUGCGGAGUGCAUGCAUGUGUGACGGUAACAUUCUUUUAAACUCUAAGGACAAUUCAUCAGGGAAAAAAUAAAUGUCAGUGCAUAUUAUAAAAAUGAUUUGCACUGUACUAGUAGAAUGAGGUUUUUGUUUUGUUUUAUGUUGUGUUUAAAGACAAUUCUAAAUCAUUCCUAUGGAAAGCAAGACCUUAAGCUCUUUAAUAGGACUUUUUCUUUUAUGCAAAUAGAUGGUCUUGCAUGGAGUAAACUUAUGCAACAAUAAUGUUAUAUAAAUAGAUAUGAAAUUUUCUUAGUAUAAUUUAAUAGCAAACUUAAAGAUGUAUGGCUCUACUGUUCAGAUCGAGUUUUAAGUUAGCUAAUCUGUAUAAUCAGAACCUAUUCUAGGUGGCCGUCAUCAUAAACUAUGUUUCCCUAUAAUAUCCCUCUGGAGACUGAGAAUCAAAAUAAGCAGUCUUUCCUCAAAGCAGUACUGUAACAUGAAUGUAUUCGUCUCAGUCAACAGAACUUAAAUGCGCCCAGUCUGUGGAGCUUAUUUCCAUGCUAAUGUGGCUUAGUUAGCAGUGUCUGCUCAGGUGAGACCUAGAACAAAAAUUAGCAGGGGUGAAAUGGGUCAUAGAGGUAGAGGUAUAUGUCAAGGCAGAGCCUGGCGAGGAAGGAAAAGGUUUUCAAAACACAGGGGAUGGAAUUCCAAGAGUGUGGCUGACCUCAGUAUCAUACACUUAAUAUAAAGGAACCUUCCCAUUGUGGGAGCUUCUACCUGCAUUCAAUCCACCCUUUCCACCUGCUUUCUCUUCCUCCAAGUGCCUCAAGCUCUACACAUUCCCUCUCCUCCCCCUCGCUCAGCCCAUCUUGGUCUGAUGCCUUUUCACACUCCAAACCAAGCAUCACCAGCCUCCUGCUGAUAGUCACCAGCAUUUACUUUUCUGAGUCACUUUUUCUCCAUUCACUAAGAAUGUGAUUUUGUCCCAACUCCCUCUAGCUCCUGCUACCAUCCAGCUAUAUUUUGGCUAACCUUUGCCCCAGAUGCCCUACCAGAUACUAUGUAGCACCAAGUGUAAUCCUGUCCAUCCCAGACUGUUCUACUUUUCCCAGCUGCCAAAAUGUCUUGCUCUCCUCUACCUCAUCCCCAAAGGGCCUAUAAAUUCAGAGUAUCCAACCUUUUCAUGGAUUCACUCUCUGUUGUUCAGUAAUACUACUGUCCAUAUUUUAAAUAAAUCAUAGAAGAGUUUUGCCUUCUAACAAAGUAGGAAUCUUUAUAUUUAUACAUGAUACAGAAAUUAAACUAUUUCUACCAUGCAGAAUUUAGCAUUUAACAGGAUUUUGAAGUGAUUGAAUUGCCAUUCUAACCUGGAUCUGUAUUAGGUAAUAAAUACUGGUAUUAGUCCAAGUUAUUUGAAUGUAAAUUUAAAAUUCCCCAGAAGUCCAGACUGAUCUGUAACCCUUCAGUGGGACAGGACAUUUCUGGCAUACAAAUGGAUGGUGGUUUAGUCAUUUGUUUUAUUUGAUGGUAUUUGGGCCUUGAAACACAUUUCUAAUAGAAAGAUAAUGGUAAAGGGUGUUUAGGUGGUCCUAUUGGAUCACAGAAGCCCAUUUGAUUAUAAUAUGUUUAAAAUACCACAAAAUUGGCUGCAUAAGAGUUUGAUCAAGAUUUCCUGGGUUAGACUAAGCUUCUCACCCCCAUGCCUACCCUGUUCUCAUGGUGGGGAAAUGUCCUAAGGGGUUUCCGGAAAGGGAACACAUUGGAAAAGUCGUCUUUAUUUUCUGCCUGCACUUAGGUACAUCCAGACAGUAUCAUUGAGGAACGGGAAAUGCACAGGGAAGGAAAAAGCAACAGUUCUUUCUCUCCAGGCAGUGUACUCACUGUAGUUCGUAGAGAAGAACUGGUCAGGUUUCAAACGUGGGAUGUGUUUGUCUAUAGACGGUUGUCUGACCCACAGACCAACGAACCACCUGUUGGAAAGUAUCGAUUAUUAUGAUCAGUGGUGGUAUCUGGAUGCUUUCCAUUCCCAUUCCUGAACAACCCAACCUGACUGCAGAGUCUAGUAAAUGCCUUUAAGGGCCCAGGAAUGAAUCAAUGCCUAGAUAAGAAAUGAGACAAUAAUGGAGACUGCAGGAAUGGUUUUAUUAAAUCAUAUGUCAUGAAGUAUUUGUUCUAGCUUUAAAUUAAUCAUGGCUGCACCACCAUGAAGUACAGAAUUGAAAAAGGAGAGAUACAGGGUGGGGGAAGGAAGAAUAUCUGAUUCUUUGCAAUGCUUGUAGAAAUUUUUGAAAUAAUGAAAUGCAUACUAUAAAAUAGCCUUUAGAACAAACACCCCAUUUUACAGCUCAUAGGGCACAUCAAACAGUAGUAAGAGUAGUAAGUCUAAAUAUGACAUAUAUAAAUCUUGGUAUACAAAUUUGCAAAAACAGUCUAUUUCACCCCUCAAUUUAGCCUCUUAGAAGUGAAUGUAUGAAUCCUGGUUAGCUAGGUGUUUGCAUUAUGACACUGAACGAAAUGGAUUAUACAUCUCUUUCUUAAUCAGUCUUCACAAAUUUUCAACCGGCUUCUGAAUCUGAUAAGGAAGCAUCAUGAGGAUAGGUAAAGGAGACAUCCAUCGGGUAGCCAAGUAGUUUCCUUUGUGAUGUUGAGGCUGUUUCUCCUUUCUGAAUUUUACUGGUUCUCUAAAAUAAACAGUAAGAGUUAAAUGGUACCCUUGUUCAUCAAGGAAAGUUAUCCAAACUCUAUAUCUAAUGCUAAUAUUUUCUCUGCAUUCAUUUAUCUUCUCUGGAAAGAAAAUACAAUUUUUCCCUUCCUCUUUCUCUUCACAUUUACUCUUUUCAACCUCAGAUAAGAGAGACAGAAAGCAAACCACAAGCCAAUUUGGCAUCUUUGCGCUAAUAGAAUAGUGACAUCCACAUGCACAGCCUGAACAAGGUGAAAAGACCCUGUCAAGUCGACUCGGAACACGACCUUGCCUCUUGGACUAGCUCCUUCAAACCUGAAAAUAACUUUUCUGGUCGUGGAAGAACUGGAUGUAUUCUUUAGCUUAUAACAUAGGAUUUGAACUUGAAAUCUCUUUUUUUUUUUUAAAAAAUCCUGAUUUUGCAGGGCAGCUACAUGAUGAAUGUAUAUAUUAAGACUAUUGUAGCUGAAUUGCACAUGAAAUCAGAUUGCCAACUUCUUGACUUUCAAUUUUAGACUUCAUUUUAUCCUUAAGUUGUGAGCAAUAUAUGUAGCAUGCUGUGAAAUGUCUAUUAUAGUUCUUUAAUUCAUCAGUAUUAAUACAGGAUUAUCUUUUGCGUUCCUUGGUACUUUUUAUUCAAUGUAAUCAGAAGCUGUGAUGUUUUGCCUUUGUAGUCCUGUGCUUUGUUACUGUAAUUUUUUUUUUUUUUUUUUACGAAGCACGUGACUUUGGACUAAUGUGAGGCGGAUGAUCUUAAGACUGCUAUAUGUAUCAGUCUCUUACUAUAUAAGGUUUUCCAUUAGAAUAAGCUUUUAUCAAAUAGAUCAUUGAUGCAAUUUAGGAUUUACACAAUUUUCAUUGUCAAAUGCAGUCUUAUAUUUAUAGUUUCAAUUCUGAAAAUAGCAGACUUGAUGAACAGCCACUUGAAACGUGUUCUGGCGAACCAGACCCUGCUGUAGAUGUAUUCAAAGGUAGUUAACCAUAAGCCUUUCAACUCUUAAGCCCUCCACAUGAGUCAGCAGUUAAGGAGAUUAUAGAACCCAUGACAGCUUUUUGUAUGUAUAACUAGGUUUUAUUUUUCUUAUGUCGCUGAUUUUACAGCUCUGACUAAAGCUGACCUGAAUGGAUCAGUUUAUGUGUAAUAUUCUAGUGCUUCAAUGCCUUGUUUUUUUUUGGAGGGAUGGGUAAUAUUAUUUGAACAGAUGCAGAAGGAACUGUUAGUGAGUCAAGAUAAACACAUUUGAAAUAAAGGAACUGUGUAUUAACAUGUUAACAAUUCAUAACUGCACUUUUUAUGACAUUUUGAAAAUCUAUUUAUAGGUACAGAACAAUGGGUUUUGUUAAACUGUAUCACAUUUAUACUUGCAAAAAUUUAUUUCAUUGUUAUUAGUAGGAAUUUUAUUGGUUCAAUAAAAUUGGCAAAACUGAA